GAAAUGCCAUGCGCGGGAUACGCAUGAUGGAAGUGACAGGCGCAAGUGCGAAAGACACGCGACGACUCCAUUCACGCAUUAAAUAAUCCAGACACGCGAUUAGAGGGGACAGCAACAAGAACGGCCAGACAAAAGCUGCCUGGCUUCACCGACUGGCUGGCGAAUUGCGAAGUAUCAAUCGGAGUUACAUCCGGACGUUCGAAGAGAGGGAUACACAAGAGGGGAUGAGGUAAUUAUAUGAGAAAUAAUAGGCAAACCAAUCCUGAGACGAACAUUAUGCAGAGUUGGUGGAAUCACUAAAGUGUAUACGUGAUCGUAAUAAAUUCAUACAGUGGUAUUCUUGUCGGAUUUCUCGUCAGACAGAAUUUGUGAGUAUACAGACGGAUAGAGAAAAAGACGGAAAGUUUCUCAUUACGAUGAUUGUCAGUGCUUUGCGUGCUGUUUUUGCAGGAAGAGUGAUUAAUAUGCACGCACAGUCACAGUUAUUGAAGUGUAAUCAGUACUUGAUGUCAACAUACUUACCAUCUCUUUUAGGGUAUCAGACAAUUGACACGUUUGUUGUCCUCCCAUCAUGUCUCGAAGAAUAUUGAAUUCCUUACACAAGAUAAUCGUAUUUUAUCAUCUAAAAAUGUUAUACACAAUGUAAAUGUGACAAACAAUCGUCCAUUGUUAGUUAUUCUUACUUGGCUAUUAUCAAAGCGACAGCAUGUUAUGAAGUUUGUUAAUUUGUAUAUGGAACAAGGUUUUGAUGUGGCAGUGGUGUCUCUUACACCUUGGCAACUUUUGUGGCCCACAAAAGGCUCCAGACUAGUUGCAGCAGAUUUGUUAACUUUCUUAAAGCAAAAUGAAAGUUACCAACAAAUUCUCUUACAUGGAUUUUCAGUAGGUGGUUACAUGUGGGGAGAGACCUUGGAUUUGAUGGAAAGUAACAAGGACAAGUACAGUGGCAUUGCAGAUAGGAUUGUUGGACAAGUGUGGGAUAGUAUAGCUGAUGUCAAUGAAAUUCCGGUAGGCUUUCCUUAUGCGGUAUUUCCGAAAAAUAUGAUGCUGCAAUCUGUGCUACGGAAAUAUUUAGAAUAUCAUAUGAAGACAUUCCACCAGCAAGCAACACGUUAUUAUAUUCGAUCCAGUCAAAUAUUUCAUAUUGCUGCUAUACCUGUACCAGCGUUGUUAUUUGUAAGUAAAACUGAUCCUGUUGGAACUCUAGCCAGCAAUUUGAGUUUACGCGAUACUUGGGAAUCUUCAGGAAUAAAGACUUAUGUGAAAAUAUUCGAAGAGUCACCGCACGUUGCCCACUUCUACAGAUAUCCAAAGGAAUACGUUGCCGAACUCUAUGCCUUUUUACAAAAACUAAACUUGAUACAAAAUGAAGAAAAAAUUAGAUCACGCCUUUAAUUAUUUUAAAAGCACUUUUGAUAUAACUCAAUUAUAUUUCUUAUGUAAAGUUAGCUUUUUGGUGACACAUUACACAUCAGACAUUUGUAGUAUCCAAUAUUUGCCACACAUACACAUACAUAUAGUAAAUAAUUUUAUAUAUUUUAUAAGGUUUUUGUAUGGAAUUGCAUAAUCUAGAUAAUCGAAAGGUUUUUGGUGCAUAAAAAGAGAGAGGUCUUUGAAAAUGUUUAAAAAAACUUAUCUUGAUCAUAUUUCUACAAGUUCAACUGCCUCUCUUAAAGAAUUAUGCACAUAAUGAAACUUGCAUUAUUACUUAUAAUUAUAUAAAUAGAGAAUAUUUUGAAUGCAUAAUAUAUAACAAGUACAUAUUACGAUUUUAUCUUUUAUCUUUCUUUGUGAAUAAAACGUGAUAUAUUAAAGAAGAUAUAUAUUAGAUACA